AUGAUAACCAGAGAACAGAAAAACAAACAAUUUUGUAUGAUUUCCCUUGAUAUCCUCAUAAAUACACUCGUCGAAUCCGUUAGAACCCAUACACAGAGGGACAGAGAAAGAGGAAGAGAGGACAAAAUGGUGGGCAAGAUCUUCUUUGUUUUGGCGAGCCUGUCUGUGGCUCUGGCGGAGAUAACCCAGCUUCAAAUGACCGAUUGUGGGUCCAGUAGCGAUGUGCGGAUCAGUCGAGUGGCUAUCACCCCCAUGCCAAUCCAGAUCCCGGGAGACCUUCACAUCUCCGUGGACGGGAGUUUGAUGAGAGCCAUUGGAAGCUCCAAGAUGAUGCUGUCAAUCAAAAGAAAAACCUUCCUAGGACUAGAGGUCCCCAUUCCUUGUAUAGCGCACGUGGGGUCCUGCACGUACGACAAUCUCUGUACAACAGUGAACCAGAUGAUAACGGAGAACUGGGCCGGAAUUAUGGCAGGAAUGGGGAAACAGAUCAACACGAUGCUGUCCGGGGUCGGGGUGAACGCCAGCCAGUGUCCCCAGCCCGCCAGGGACCUUCACAUCAACGACUUCACCCUCCAACUACCGUCUAUGCCAUCCAUUCUCAGCUUUUUUUGCAGCGGUAAUUACGGUGACUACCAUAUAAAUAUAAAGGUAAACGAGAAUUCUGAUGGCAGACAACUGGUGUGUAUGGAUCUCCAGCUAUCGGUGACAGAGCACAAGGAGCCCUCUGGAUCAGGCUGGCUGUUUGGCAGACGCAAGAGAUCUCCGUAUUAGAGUCUGUCUUUGCAUAAACAGUGAAAAAUCGAACGCUGUUUUAUUUGGUGUUCGAGUGGUUUGAAGAUAUAUUACUGGCAAUAAAUAUUUUCUGGAUCAAA